AUGGCCGAAACAAUGAAGGCGUGGCAGUUCGCGACCCACGGGCCCAUCUCCAAAACCCUCCGGCUGGCCACCGACGUCCCCCGGCCCGACGCCGCGAGCCUGCAGCCGGGCCAGGUCCUCGUGAAGGUGGCCAGCGCCGGCCUCAACCCGGUCGACUACAAAAUGCCCGAACUCGGCCUCGCCGCCCGCGCCAUGUUCAGCUUCCCCAAAGUACCGUGCGGCGACCUCAGCGGGACGGCCGUCGCGGUCGGCGAGGGCGUGGAGGGGCUCAAAGCAGGGGACCACGUGGUGGGCUGGCUGAAACCCUUUAGCAGCGCAGGCGCGCUGUCGGAGUACGCCGUGCUGGACAAGGAGAGCUGGGUCAGGCUCGGCGAUGGGGCGGACUUGGACGAAGCGGCCGGGGCGGUGACGACGGGGUUGACGGCGUUGCAGAGCAUCCAGCCGUACGUCAAGGCCGGGGACAGGGUCUUCAUCAACGGCGGCAGCGGCGGCACGGGCACGCAUGGGAUUCAGAUUGCGAAGCUGCUCGGCUGCCACGUUACCGUCUCGUGCUCGACGGCCAAGGUGGAAUUUUGCCGAGGGCUAGGGGCUGACGAGGUGAUUGACUACAAAAAAGAGGACGUGGUUGCGAGCCUCGUCAAGCAAAGUGGGAGCGCCGGCGCGGAGAAGUGGGAUCUCAUCGUCGACAACAUCGGCAACUCGCCCGCAGACCUGUACAAGCGGUCUCACGAGGUCCUACGCGACGGCGGCGUUUAUGCUUAUGUCGGCGGGCGCGUGUCGGCGGGGAGCAUGUGGAACAUCGUGCGCGGACGGCUGCUGCCGGGAUUUCUUGGGGGCCAGAGGAGGCGGUUCGUGCUGGUCAUGGCGCAGCAGUCGACGGAGUAUGUGAGGCCGAUCGUGGACUGGAUGGCGGAGGGCAAGUUGAAGACGGUGGUGGAUUCAAAGUUCGAGUUUGGCCAGGUGAAUGAGGCGUAUGAGAGGCUGAAGACGGACAGGUGUCAGGGGAAGGUGAUUGUAAAGGUGGUGGGAAGGGAGGAGUAG